CAACUCUCUCAUACUAUCCAUGCAAUCUCUGCCCAAAAGCAGAUACUACAGCAUGAAAAUGAGCGUUUGCAAGAGGCUCUUCUUAAUGAGAAGAAGCGUCGCCAGCGUGGCAAAGCCCUCCUACUUAAAGCGCCAGAGGAUUGGCAUGGUGGUGCUGUAUUUUGGUCACCAACGAAGGUUCAGGAUGCCCGUGAGAGGCAGGCACAAAAGGAUGCUGAUGAGAAGGCUCUACAGCUUCAA